AUGCCUUUGAACGUUGCCACAGUAUAUUUUAUGUUCUUGCUUCACAACGUCUUGGGAGAAAAACCUACAACGUUCCCUGCACCAAAAGACAACACAGCAAACCCUCAUAGCACGUGUUACAAGUGGUUAACCAACUCUAACAAAGUCCAAGACGUGUCUGCUUAUCGACUCACCAGUCUCCAGACCUCCGCUUUAACAAUGGCGACAGCCGAAGUGAACUCGGAUAUCAAGCCUACCAAACCCAGUAAAAGGAUUUCCGGCUCUUCGGGCGGGCAAGGCGCAUGUGGCGUUGCUUAUAGCGGUUCAGACCUUGUUGUGUGCCCUUGGAACGGUUCAGGCGGUCAAGAUGACUCAAAUUCUGUCCCUGGAUGGCUUACCGGGUUGAAUAACGGAAAAAAUAAUUGCUUUAAAACUGUCUCUGUGAUUGCCAAUAACCGGACUGUUGACGGAAUCAUCGCGGACGGGUGUGCUUUCACCACGGGGAAGCCUGUUGACAUUGAUGACGGGUGUUCAGGAAUUUAUCUCUCUGACCAAAUGAUGUCACGGCUUGGGUUCCAAGACGAUGAAACAAAUGUUAAAAUCACUUCAUGGAGCUUUAAAAUCAGCAAUGGAGCAAACAAGCCCUGGUAA